CGGGUUGCGUAACCCACUGUGUUCAUGUAAACAACAGCUAACUGUGAUUGUGUGUAAAUAUCCACAAUCAGCACAAAGUAGCAGCCAGGGUAAAUUCCAUUAUCCAGGCUGCCAGUUUCAUUUCUAGAGGAAAAUUUCGGCAGAAUGUGAAUUAAGAUGUCGCGGAAUCUGACCAUGCUUUUCACAAAGUAUCCUAUUUCGAGAGGCAUGGUUGUAUAUGCUGUACUGUGGCCCAGUUCAGAUUUAUUUCGCCAAGCAGCUACUAAUGGAAUCCAAAAAGAUAGAACAACAUCUACUGAUACAUCAAGACUUGCUAGGUUCUCUUUAUUUGGUACUUUGUGGGUUGCACCCACAGUGUUUACUUGGGUUAAAAUAUCAAGCAGACUUAUCCCUGGAUCAAGUCUGCAAGUUGCAGCAUUCAAAGCACUACUUGAGCAAUUUACUUAUGGCCCAUUUAGCAUUGUCACUUUUUAUUUUGGAAUGAACAUACUAGAAGGCAAAAGCUCCAAAGAGGCUUGGCAAGAAGUACAGAAUAAAUUUCUACCAACAUGGAAGAUGGGAGUCAAGUUUUGGCCUAUUGUGCAAACUUUAAACUUUGCAUUGGUACCGGAAAGAAACCGAGUUGUAUUUGUUGGUUUGGCAAGUUUUGUCUGGACAACUUAUCUAUCGUUUAUGGAAAUCAGCCCGUCACAGUGCAAGAAAAUCUAACCUUUGUACAUUUGUCCAAUUUUGCCAAAUGCCAUACAAAUUGUAGCAAUAUAAA